CCAUGUUCAUAGUUAACUCGGAGAGGGACAGGUAUUCAUUCAUUUACAAGAUGAGUGGAGUGGCAGCCACCUGUUUGGUUGGACCGCCUUUUAACUCCCUUUCUUGAGGAAAGACCCGUUAAAAAGGGGCUACGUUCUUGCACACCGUUGUUAUUAUUAAUCUCAGUUGCUCUCCCUAUAAUCGACAGGGAUAGAAAUUUAACAGAUUCUCUUUGGGUGUUCUGUUCUCUACAAGUUUCACAAUGAUUCACUUCGUUCUUCUUGUCAGUCGCCAGGGAAAGGUGAGGUUGGCCAAAUGGUAUUCCCCUUAUACUCUGAAUGAAAGAUCUAAGGUAAUCCGAGAGCUGAGUGGCAUCAUUCUAAAUCGGGGUCCCAAGCUUUGCAACUUCGUGGAGUGGAGAGGAUUUAGGGCUGUGUAUAGAAGGUAUGCUGGCCUCUAUUUCUGCAUGUGUGUUGAUGAGAAAGACAACGAACUGGAGGUUCUUGAUAUCAUUCAUCAUUAUGUGGAGAUACUGGAUCGUUAUUUUGGCAGUGUUUGUGAAUUGGACUUGAUCUUCAAUUUCCACAAGGCGUAUUAUAUUCUGGACGAAAUCUUGAUAGCCGGUGAGCUUCAAGAGUCGAGCAAAAGAUCAGUGAUACGGCUGGUGUGCACACAUGAUUCGUUGGUGGAGACGGCCAAGGAGCAGGCCAGCUCUUUAAGCAGUGUGAUUGCACAAGUUACCAAAUAACAGGACCAAAUCUUUAUCAGCAGUACUG